UUGAUCUGCCCCAGCUCUGUGACACCAGAGUCCGGCAAUCAGCAUUCAUCAUCAAUCGAUGCAGGGACAACAACAGACGCCAUUCUUCCCCGGCUCACGGCUCACGCACGGCUAUCUGACAGCCUCGACGCUUGACCGGCAGCCACUAUGCGGUAAUCCAGAGGGCUGGGGCCCAAUCAGCCCCAUACGAUACGACUUCACGCCGUGUUUUCUGGAUGUGUGGAUAGCUGCCGUGGCCGUGUUUGGCAUCGUGGGCGGAGCGGGCGCGUUGUGGUAUCUCUACCGCAACUGCACGCCGCAGCCAGUGAAGCGCAACUGGCAUUUCUUCGCAAAGUUGACAACCAUCGUAGCACUCAUCGGCACGACGGCAGCCCAGGCUGCAUUACAAAUCGCAUACUAUAAACACGUCUGGGCUGGUGACUUCCGCUUCUGGACUACCAUUCUCACCGCCGUCUCGCUCCUUGUCAUCUUCCAGAUCCAAUACAUUGAGCACUGGAGAUCGAGAAAUGCCAACGGCGUUGCGCUCUUCUACUGGCUCCUCCUGCUAGUUUCGUACGCUGUCAAGCUUCGCUCUCUCAUUUCGCAGCAAAUACACCGCGAACAUGUGGCGUACUUUGCAGUCUUCUGCACGAGCGUGGGUUUGGCGGGGCUUUCCUUUAUUCUGGAAUGGCUGGUGCCAAAACGCAUGAGCGAUUAUGACAUGCUCGGCGACGACGACGAAUGCCCGUACGAAUAUGCCGACGUGUUUUCUGUCUUGACGUUUGGCUGGAUGACGCCCAUGAUGAAACGCGGAUACAAGAGCUUCCUCACUCAAGAUGACCUAUGGAACCUGCGAAAGCGCGACUCGACUCGAGCGACCAUGUCGACGUUUGAAAAGGCCUGGGAACAUGAAAUGGAGAAGAAGAACCCGUCGCUUUGGAUCGCUCUGUUCCAUUCCUUCGGUGCGCCAUACCUUCGGGGAGCCCUCAUCAAGACUGUCAGUGACGUCUUGAACUUUGUCCAGCCCCAGCUGCUCAGGCUACUUAUUACCUUUGUGCAUUCGUACAGCACCGACAAGCCACAGCCCGUCAUCCGCGGUGCUGCGAUUGCCAUUGGCAUGUUUGUUGUUUCAGUCUCCCAGACGGCCUGUCUCCAUCAGUACUUCCAGCGCGCAUUUGAGACUGGCAUGCGCAUCAAGUCUUCGCUCACCGCUGCCAUCUACGCAAAGUCAACCCGCCUAUCCAACGAAGGCCGAGCAUCCAAGUCUACCGGAGACAUUGUCAACUACAUGGCCGUGGAUACGCAGCGUCUACAAGACCUUGCGCAAUACGGCCAGCAGCUAUGGUCUGCUCCCUUUCAAAUUGUCUUGUGUAUGCUCUCGCUAUAUCAACUGCUUGGUGUGAGCUGUUUCGCAGGAGUAGCUGCCAUGUUUGUCAUGAUUCCCAUUAACGGUGUGAUUGCACGAUGGAUGAAGACAUUGCAGAAAGAGCAGAUGAAGAACAAGGACUCGCGUACAAAGCUGAUCUCGGAGAUUCUCAAUAACAUGAAGUCGAUCAAGCUGUACGCCUGGACUACCGCCUUUGCCAGCCGCCUGAACACUAUCCGAAACGACCAAGAACUCAAGACCCUACGCAAGAUUGGUGCCACCCAAGCCUUCUCCACAUUCACAUGGUCCACUACACCGUUCCUUGUAUCUUGCUCCACAUUCGGCGUCUUUGUACUUACGCAAAACCGUGCCCUGACAACCGACAUUGUAUUCCCAGCGCUUACACUCUUCAACCUCCUUACCUUCCCUCUUGCUAUUCUCCCAAUGGUCAUCACCGCCAUUGUCGAGGCUAGCGUUGCCGUGGGCCGUAUUACCGGGCUAUUGACUGCCGAUGAGUUGCAGGAGGAUGCCGUCAUUCGUGAGGAUGCCGUAACCGAGACCGGCGAUGAGUCGGUCCGCAUUCGUGAUGCUAGCUUCACCUGGGACAAGAAUGCUGAACGCCGGGCUCUGCACGACAUCAACUUUGCUGCGCACAAGGGCGAGCUCGCGUGUGUUGUCGGUCGUGUCGGUGCGGGCAAGUCUUCGCUCCUCCAGGCGGUACUUGGCGAUUUGUGGAAGAUCCAUGGCGAGGUCGUGCUAAGGGGAAAGACAGCCUAUGUGCCUCAGCAGGCUUGGGUUAUGAAUGCGUCUGUCCGUGAGAAUAUUGUCUUUGGUCACCGUUGGGAUCCGCAAUUCUACGAGAAGACUAUUAAUGCCUGUGCUCUGCGCGACGACUUUGCAUCCCUUCCUGACGGCGACCAGACCGAGGUUGGUGAGCGCGGUAUCUCCCUAUCGGGCGGACAAAAGGCACGUCUCACCUUGGCUCGUGCCGUGUAUGCUCGUGCCGACAUCUAUCUGCUCGACGAUUGUCUGUCGGCCGUUGAUCAACAUGUUGCAAGACAUCUCAUCGACAAUGUACUUGGUCCCAAGGGCUUGCUCGCGGGCAAGACGAGGAUUCUCGCCACCAACUCCAUCCCAGUCUUGAUGGAAGCUGACAUGAUCCUGUUGCUUCGCGAGGGCAGAAUUCUCGAGAGGGGCAGCUAUGGUCAACUGAUGGCAAUGAAGGGUGAAAUCGCCCAACUGAUCAAGACAUCUCAAAACGAAGACCAAGGAGAGGACGACAGCACUCGCACGUCUGAUAGCAUCAUAAGCGACGAGGACAGCACGGUUUACGGUGGUGGUAGCCCCAAUGGCGCCGACGAUGAAGAAGACCAAGCCGAAGCCGAAGCAGCACAGGAAGGUGGCGCUCAUCUCGCACCUUUGAGAGUCGGCGGUGGAACUGGUCGCAAGUCGAGCUUCCAAACGCUUCGCCGUGCGAGCACGGCCAGCUUCAAGGGGCCCCGCGGCAAGGUCACUGAUGAAGAGGGUGCGCCACUGAAGAGCAAGCAGACCAAAGAAUUCCAGGAGCAGGGCAAGGUCAAAUGGGCCGUCUAUGGCGAGUACGCAAAGACGAGCAAUCUCGUUGCCGUCACCAUCUACUUGUUGCUCCUUGUUGGAGCCCAGACAGCUUCUAUUGGUGCAAACGUGUGGCUCAAACAUUGGUCGGAUAUCAAUCAGCGGUUCGGGGGAAACCCUCAUGUUGGCCGAUACAUUGGCAUCUACUUUGCGUUCGGUGUGGGGUCUGCCGCUCUUGUGGUGGUACAAACGCUCAUUCUAUGGAUUUUCUGCUCCAUCGAGGCUAGUCGUAAGCUACAUGAGCGGAUGGCGUUUGCCAUCUUCCGCUCACCAAUGAGCUUCUUUGAAACAACGCCUGCAGGACGCAUCCUGAAUCGGUUCUCAAGUGACAUCUACCGAGUAGACGAGGUAUUAGCCCGAACGUUCAACAUGCUCUUCGUCAAUUCCGCCCGAGCCGGCUUCACCCUUGUUGUUAUCUCAUGGUCGACGCCAGCAUUUAUCGCUCUGAUCAUACCGCUUGGCGCGCUAUAUCUGUACAUUCAGCGAUAUUAUCUGCGCACGUCGCGGGAGUUGAAGCGCCUUGACAGUGUCAGUCGAAGCCCAAUCUAUGCGCACUUCCAAGAGAGCUUGAGCGGCAUGAGCACGAUUCGCGCCUACAACCAGCAGAAACGCUUUGAGAUGGAGAAUGAGUGGCGCAUCGAUGCCAAUCUACGUGCUUAUUACCCUUCCAUCAGCGCCAAUCGAUGGCUCGCUAUUCGUCUCGAGUUCAUUGGCUCCGUCAUCAUCCUGGCUGCUGCAGGUUUCUCCAUCAUUUCCGUCGCAAAUCACAGCGGACUUUCGGAUGGCUGGGUCGGUCUAGCCAUGUCUUAUGCGCUCCAGAUUACACAGAGUCUCAACUGGAUUGUCCGACAGACUGUUGAAGUGGAGACCAACAUCGUUUCUGUGGAACGUGUGCUUGAGUAUGCUGCAUUGCCCAGCGAGGCGCCUGAGAUCAUCUCCAAGAAUAGACCACCAAUCAGCUGGCCAUCGCAAGGUGCCGUCGCCUUCAACAACUACAGUACCCGAUACAGGCCUGGUCUGGACUUGGUGCUCAAGAACAUCAACAUCUCCAUUAAGCCAAAGGAAAAGAUUGGAGUUGUGGGCCGAACGGGUGCUGGCAAGAGUUCACUCACUCUUGCGCUCUUCCGUAUCAUUGAACCCACGGAAGGCUUUGUAAGCAUCGACAAUCUCAACACAAGUACCAUCGGACUUUUGGACCUUCGUCGACGCCUGGCCAUCAUCCCUCAAGAUGCUGCGCUCUUUGAAGGCACUGUUCGCGACAACCUGGACCCUGCACAUGUACACGACGACACUGAGCUGUGGAGUGUCUUGGAUCACGCACGCCUCAAGGAACACAUCUCAUCUAUGCCAGGCAAGCUCGACGCUGUCGUCAAUGAAGGUGGUUCCAAUUUCUCUGCCGGUCAACGCCAACUCGUGUCCCUCGCCCGCGCUCUGCUUACGCCCUCCAAUAUUCUCGUCUUGGAUGAGGCCACCGCCGCUGUCGACGUUGAAACCGAUGCCAUGCUGCAAAGCACUCUCCGAACAAGCAUGUUCAACAACCGCACAAUCAUCACCAUCGCCCACCGCAUUAACACGAUCCUAGACAGUGAUCGCAUCAUUGUGCUGGACAAGGGCGAAGUCAAGGAGUUUGAUAGCCCAGCAGAACUCGUGAAGAAGAAGGGCCUGUUCUUUGAGCUUGUCAAGGAAGCCGGUCUGCUCAAUGCGCUGGAUAUGUCGCAGUCAUCGUUGUAGUCGUUAUUUUGCUUUGUAGGGAAAGGAAAAUAGCGUGUAGCAGAUUUGUCUCAGCAUACUACGCGGAUUCAAUGGGAAAAAUCAUGUAAUGCCUCUGUCUAUAGUAGGUAUGCCGUGGGGGAGUUCAUUGGGUCUGCUAAUGAGCUUUUUCUGCUUUGUGGCAUACGGAAAGGCAAUACUGUAAUUGCUGUCGACAGUCAAGAAGCAUAAAAAAGCAGCCGAAAUUUCCAUAUCAAAAGCCAAUUUUGAUACACAGGUGGAGGAGGACAACCAGUAGGAAAGGAAAGGAAUAGUUGGGUAAGGGUGUAGGGUAGUGUAAAGCGCGCUUCUAUGAGAACAGAACGAACUACACAUAAGUAGCAA